UUCUAAGGAACAUCCAAAUUUCAUUAAGCGCAGUAAAACUGUACAAUCUAUUUUACUUUGUGUGGUCCUUCUUGGUUCUUCAUUAGUUAUGAGUGAUGGCUUGCUAACUCCUGCUAUUUCCGUAAUUUCUGCCGUUGAGGGUAUGGCCGUCCCUGUGCCAAGUUUAACACCUGCUAUUGUUCCCAUUAGCUGCGUUAUCAUUUUUAUAUUGUUUAUGGUACAACGAUUUGGUACGGCCAAAGUCGGAAAUUUAUUUGCUCCAAUUGUCUCUCUUUGGUUUAUCUCUAUCGCUUCUGUCGGCAUUUGGAACAUUACUUAUUACCCCGAAAUCCUUAGGGCCUAUAAUCCCUAUUAUGCUAUUAAUUAUUUCAUUCGAAAUAAAGGUGAUGGGUUUAUUGAUCUUGGUGGCGUUCUAUUGGCCAUUACGGGUGUGGAAGCAUUAUAUGCAGACCUUGGUCAUUUUAAUCGACAAGCCAUCCAGAUCUCUUUUCCAUUUUUCGUUUAUAUUCCUUUGGUUCUAGUAUAUACAGGCCAAGCUGCUCGUUUAGUUUUAGAUCCUGCCUUAGUUUCCAAUACUUUUUGGUUAACUACUCCUACUAAUCCUGUAAUUUAUUGGAUUAUAUUUGUUUUGGCUAUUUUUGCUACAAUUAUAGCUUCUCAGGCUAUGAUUUCUGCUACUUUUUCUUUAAUUUAUCAAUCGAUGCAAUUAGAUUGUUUCCCUAAUGUUAAG